UUUACAUCCUUGGCAUAUCGAAGCCUAUUCAUCGCCGUCACAGCGAAGGAUAGCACAAAACCCCACGAAGUAGCUAAAGGGGCAGCCCCGCGCACACAACAACACUCGCAACCAUGGCCGAGGUGCGCCAGGGCGGCUACACGGACCGCGUGACGGACAUGUCCGGCGCCGUGGGCCUCAAGGACCCGCGCCAGAUCCAGAUGAUCAUGAACGCCGAGGUCAAGCCCCUGAACUGCUGCGGCAACUGCCAGGCCUGCCUCUACUGCUGCUCGCGCUUCGAUUUGGAGCGGUCGUACCUCUACGUGCGCGAGAACUCGAUCGAGAGCAACUUCGCCAUCAGCCCGUGCUGCGGCAUGUGCGGCAUCGAGUGGGACCACAUCGCGGUGACCUACUUCGACCGCCCGCCCUACGCCGUCUGCUGCGCCGACGGCUGCUGCGAGAACUGCUGCGCCGGCCGCCAGGAGGUCCGCAUCGUCGACUCGGGCUGCAUGUGCUGCUGCAUGAAAUGCUGCUCCGAGGAGUGGGUCUCCGUCGCCACGCCGAAGGUGCCCUUCCCCUGCUGCUGCAUCCCGAACGAGGUCAACUUCCUCAUGAACUCGUGCGGCCUCUGCGGCCCCGUCACGGGCAACCCCUGCUCCAAGACCUUCUCCUUCCCGCAGCCCAUGGACGCCCAGGCCUACAUGACGGCCGUCAACUCCGUCCUCACGACCUUCGACCGCCGCGGCGCGCCGCCGGCCGCGGACGGCGUCGAGGGCGCCGAGCCCAUGAAGCGCGUCUGAGUUAUUUGUGCCCUUCCCCCCUCCCCCCUCGAGGCCGCCAAGGGUCUCCUACUAAAAGUGCACAUCUUACAGUCCCCCCGCUGCGUGCAGCUCCACGCCAUCGCCGCGCCGAAUCGCCGCGCCGCGCCGAUGGCGUGCCGUUAGGGUGAAAGCACCCAUCCACGCUGGCGCCGCGCGAGGAGGGUUUUCGCUCCGCGCGGCG